AGGCGAUGGCUGCUAAAAACUAUGAGGAUCUCUUGCAGCAGAGUAAGCUGAGGCCAAUGCAUAUAUGUCAAAAAAUGAGCCGCGCGGCCAUGCAUUCACUUGGCUUCAUGGCAUUGCAUCAUUUGUCAGUUCAAACGUAUGAAAGGGACCUGACGGCCACGGUCAAGGCAGCGGAACGCUUCCGGGAGGACAACCGGGCUCUCAAAGACGUAAUCGCCAGAAAUCCACCGCAUAGCAGCCGUCGAUUGAUGCUGCGCGUGAUCCUUCAUGUCAGACGUGCGAGUCACUGCAGAGGGCCCAGGGAGAGCUCAAGGGCAUCAACGCCGAGGCCAAAAGGCAACUCAAGAACGUAAGCAGCCAGCACAAGUGGCACAUGCACAUGGACUAUAUGUGUGUGUGCUUGCCUGCAGUAUGUUGCCAAGCUCUCGGACUAUCAGCAGCGCCACGACGCAGAGCGGGCGGCGCUCCAGGGCGAAAUAGAGGCGCAGGCAGAGGUGAGUGAAAUCAAUGACACAGCUACCCUUUCAGGGAGGCGAGGCGUCCAGCAGAUGUGUCUGGUCUGAAUCUGUGUCUGCCUAGGAGAUAGAUGCCCUGCAUCGCCAGCUGCUGGAGCGACAGAACUUCGUAGGCGUUGACACAUGGAACGAGCCGCUGAAAUGUGCGAAUGUAAUGUGUGGCUGUCUGUAUGCAGGAUGAGCAGCAUCGCCUGUCGUUGCAGAACGAGGUAGAGGGGCCGUUCAUUGAGGUACAUGCAGAUGCAUCCAUACAUGCAUUCAGGCCGAAACUUCACCUUGCGCAUCGUCUCUUCCCUUUUCAGCGUAUUUGCAGGCUAGAGUCCGCUCUUGACAAGGAGCGCCGCACAUCCAGCGAUCUCCAACGCACAAAUCAGGUGAGCGAACUACACAACAGACAAGAACUCUCCUUUGUCUUGCCAACGUGUGCGUGCUUGGGUGCAGUCUCUCCGCUUCACGCACGAGAGCGAGAAGGCUGACCUGCAGGCGCAGCUGAGGGACCUGCGGGCCAAGAGCGAGCACCAGAGGACGGAACUGCUCGCCGAAGUAGACGAACUCAAGGCGCAGCUCAGGGCGAAGGUAGCAACGGCACCACGGACAGAGAUGGAUGUCGUGCACAUUCCUUUGUCUCUCCCUCGGUCUGCAUCAGGAAGAUCUGGAGAGCUCCAACGCCAAGCUGAAGAAGGACGCAGAGGAGGCGCGGUGAGAUGAAGAGCAGGGGUAUGCACACCUUCUCUUGUCUUCCCCCCGCAGCAUUAAAGCUACUCAGCUCAAGAAGGAAGUAGAGGAGCUCGAAAGCCAAUGCGUAGGAGACCCAUUCAUACACACAUUCCUUUCCUCACUGUCUGUCUCUCUUUACAACAACGCAACAGACUAGAGUUGUCCGUCAGAAGAGCACUGAGAUCGACUCGCUCAAAAGCGAAAUGGUGCAGCAUCAGGCCGAGGCCUCCAAAUGGAGGUAAGCAUAGGCACGUCACAUGCAAACGGCUCAGUGUGACACCUACGUGUGUUGCGUCGCUUGCAGGAGCGAGGCGGAGAAGAGGGACCGCACGCUCUCCAAACUCACUGCAGAGUGAGGAGAAAAAGAACAAUAUAAUGCAAUUUGCGUACGGAUGCUUUGCAUUGUCCUGUGCUCCAUACCUGUCGAUCGAUCCAACAGAUUGGCAGCUGUAGCCGAGGAGCGGAAUCACCUGGCGCAGGAAUUCGACCGACACAAAAGCGUAAAAGAAAUCGGCAAAAGAUGUACGUUCAUGGAUCCGUGAGCUGCGAGUCUUGUGUGUGUGUGUGUGUGUGUGUGUGCAGAGUUGGUCAGAGCGGUUGCGUGACGUGGAGAACAAGUGGAUCAAGGAGACACACGACGUGCGCCAGCGCCUCGAGGAAGAGCAACGAAGAUGUAUAGACGUAAGAACCACACCAAGCCACUACACCGAUCUUCAGUAUGGACAUACUGCAGCUGACUGAGGCCCAGCAGCGGGCGCAGGAGUCGUUCGAGGGCCGGCUGUCUGAGAAGAAGGCCGCUCACCGAGCCCUCAAGCGGCAGCUCGAUCAGCACCAGAGCGAAGGCGACAUGGAUGUCCAGCAGAUGAAGGAUGGAUACGAAUCCAAGGUGGGUCGACCAUCACACACGAAGGGAGGGGGAGGGGGAGUGCAGAUGUGUGUAUUCCUUGCCUUGCUGUCUGCUCAUGCAGCUGCACGAGUUGGAGAUGGAGAGGGAUGCGCUGCGUGACGAAGCUGAGAAUGCCCGCAACACACAGAAGAAGCUGCAGAGCGAGGCCAACACACAGGUGAACCGCGAUACGCUUAUUCAGACACCAGCCACACAUCAACCGGCGACCAUUGUCAGUUGGAGAGUUUGUCUGAGGAGUUGGAGAAGGCCCAGGAGGAGAACCUCACACUCACCGCUAAAUGCGACAAGGCCAGCAACCAGGUGGCCUAUACAGCGCGAGACAUCCUUCGUAUCAAUUAUCUGUGUCGCGUUGUUUCCAGCUUCGUGUGACGGAGUGCUCCUAUGAGAAGCGCCUGAUCGAACACGAAACGCUUAAAAAAGACUAUCAAAGCCUCCAGGCAAGCCACCAGAGACACUCACUCAUGCUUGUUGUACGAAAGGCCCCGUAUAGCGAUUUAUCCUUUUCGCUUCCUGCAGGGUCGCCAUCGCGAGUUGAUGGGUCGUGUUGAGGGCCUUCAGAAGACCGACGCGACCAACCAUGACCUGAUCGCAAAACUCAAGAGCGAACUGGUGGGCAUGCAGGCUCGGACGCAGCCCCGUCACCCAGAGAUCGUUCUACAUGUAUGGAACAGGCCUCGACGUCCAUCCGUUUGGAUCGUGAGCGCCGCGACAACCAGGAGGAACUCAACAGGGUGCAGCAUGUGAGCUGAGACACGCUUACACAAAGCUUCACACCCGCAUUUUUGCUGUGCGUGUCAUUUGCGCGCGUGCAGUCGAAGCAGCAGGAGAGUGAGAAGCUGAGACACGAGCUGGAGAGCAUGGCCAAGUGAGUGAGCAUUUGGGACCAAAUGCCAGGAAUCCGAUUGCUGUCUCUGUCUGUGUGAACUUCCCAGGUUGUGUGAUAGUCAGUCUGCCGAGUUUGCGCGCCUCAAGACGGCGUCCAAGCAGCUCUUCACCAAAGCCAAGAAGAGAACAAGAGACCUCAAGACCAAGGCACAGGUAGCCGCACACGGAGAAACAUCUCGUACGAGAGCGUCAACCACCCAUGGCUUUGCUUCCCCGCUCUGCUCAGUUGCUGGCCCAGCGUGUGCAGCAGAUCCAGUCUGAGAAGCAGGUCUUGUGGCAGAACUUCCAGGCCACACGGGUCCGCCAUGCAAAGAACCAGAAGCUGAGUGCUUUCUCGUCUACCCUUGGAGUAUUGUCUUGUCUUGCCCUCGAUGCAGGAGGGGUAUGAGAUUCGCAUUCGUGACCUGGAGUGUUCCCGCAAGUGUGAGCUAGACUCCCUCGUCGGCUUGGCCGUGCCCCUCCAUGCCAACUCAAAAAUGAUCCAGGUGUGCAUAUGCCUUGCCUUGCAAGUGCGCGCCACACACACUUGCAAUCCCUCUCUCUGCCCUUGUCUGUCUCGCCUUGCCUGUCGUCCCUCAGGACAUGCUAUCGAGUGCGUCUGCCUACCGCCGGCAGAUCGACCAGCUGCGCGAGAACCUCUCCAUCCAAGCGGCCACCUACCUGCCGCCAGGCGAUGACCGAGACAGGGACGCCAAGGCGCAGGCCAAUGGCCACGUGUCUGGUGUGUCGGAUGUGAUGUCGAGCCUGCCCUUCGAGGGCUUGAAGCUCAAGGAGCAGGUGGCGGCCGCCGCAUCCAUGACCAAUAGCGGAGGGCAGACAUCGGAGCUGGCACUCGUCAAGACGGCGGGCAAUGGCAAUGGCGGGAGAGGCGCUGGCGGAGGGGGCGAGGGGGGCAGCUCACGACAGUGAGGCAGGGAUGAUCUUGUGGCAGGGACUCGAUCCGAUAUUGCAUGAUAGAGGGGACGCGAUGGACCUUGAUUGAUG